UUGUGGCAGAAGAUCUCCUUGGUCAGCCAAGGUCCCAGCGACGCACCGUUCCUGCAUUGCGCCCUGGUCUUGCUGCUUGGUCGACCUUCCGCCUGCAUCAACAGCGGGAUGCUAAUGAGCAUGUUAUACGAGGCGAAUACUCUCCGACCAUCAUACAAGAAGGACUUCUAGCCCAUCUUGACUCACUCCCCGGAUUCUGGCUUCGACCAUACCAAACGCUCCGUCCUAGCAACAAAGAUGUCUGACACGUCCUCUUCUGAUAGUCACCUCAGCGCUCCGCUGCAGGGCCUCUCGUCGGACAACAAGGGACCAUGGGUGGUGGUGUGCGCCUACAUCUUCAUCCUGCUGAGUCUCAUGACCAUCAUCAUCAAACUCUUUACAAGAUUCAAGGCCACCAUGCGUCUGACACCAAACGACAUCUUUAUCAUUUUAGCAGGUUUUCUGGGUCUCAUGGAAACAAUCACCAUAACAAUUGCUGUGCGCUAUGGUCUGGGUCGAAAGGGCAAGAAUGUGUCCGAGUCACACUUUGUGUCCUUCGAGAAGGCAAUGUAUACUGCAAACAUCUUGCAGAUUAUAGUUUUGGCUGCCGCCAAAGCUUCAGUCACUUACUUGAUCAUCGCCAUCAACCCUUCCCGGAAGCUGGUCUACUCCUGCUACGGCAUUCUCGGGCUCGUGGGUGCAUGGACAAUAGCCAGUGUUUUUGCACUAGCGUUCCAAUGCAGUCCGCCUCAUCCCUGGAACUCAAAGGGCAACACUUGCGUCGAUCGAUUUGCUAUGAAUGUUGGCAUCCAAGCCUUGAACAUCAUCACGGACUGCCUCAUAGUCGUCAUACCGUUUGUCAUGAUGCAGAGUGUGCAAGUAUCGAUGAGCAAGCGUUUCGUCGUCAGUGGGCUCUUUGCAGCACGCUUGGUAGUCCCAGCCUUCACAGUCCCCAUGCUUGUGUAUAUGAAGCGAGAAUACAAGACCGACACCACAGACCCAACGUGGACUGCCCUUGUGCCCCAAGUCUUUGCGCAAAUCAUGAUGAACGCUUCCAUCAUUGCCGCCUGUAUCCCCUCACUCAAGCCCUUCCUUGCCGACAUCAAACCCGGUCUCAUCAUGAUCAACGUACCCGAGCACGAACUCAGUGCCUCAUUCGUGCGCGUGUCCAAGAGCAGGAGCGUUGACAACGGUCGCACCAAUAAGUCAGGAGCAGUCUCUCGGCUUGCCAGCAGACUGGGUCUGGGCAGCAUGGCUGGCAAGACGGCGAAUGAUACAAGCAGCGGCAGUUCAGGCGUAUGGGGCGAGAAGCAAAGGCAAGCCGCCGCCAGCAUGGAAAGAGGCUAUAACCGGCCUCACGCCACCAAGGCCCGCAGCAAGGUCGAAAACGAUCGCAGUGAGAGUGUCAAAGGACUCACAGACGACGUCAUCCUCCAUACCAUCGACUAUAAGGUCGAGUAUGAAGACCAUACGCAUGAGAUGGACACCACAGACAACUCGAGCGGGAGUCCACGCAGAGAACGAAUCUAAAGAAGCCAGCUGGACGGCGUGAUGAAUACAACAGGAGUUUGACGGAUGUGGACACGAUUGGAAAGAGUUGUUGCUGGCGUGGCCAUGCUGGAUACUUGUAUACAGGCAGGUGGUGGAUGGUGUCUGUCU